ACAAGGAAGUGCGGUAAAACCGAAGCGAGAUGAUGGCGGACAAGCAUCGUGCUCUCACAUUUCUCGGACUCGGAGCUCUGCUGGGCUCCGUCUCCACCAUUCUUCUGCUCAAGCUUCUACCGAGAAGGAUUGCAAGCCGUUGUGAUAAAAAGGCUCUCCAAAUGCUUGAUAUUAAGGGUAAUGGGUUGGCAUCUGAGACACCUACGAAUUGCAGUGCAGUUACUGGGAGUGGAAAUAGCAAGUUAGCUGGUGUAGACCUUCUAAAUGAUGAGAUAGUCUCUGAACAACUAACAAGGAACAUUCAAUUCUUUGGAGUUGAAUCUCAACAAAAAGUGACUGCUUCCUAUGUUGUGGUCAUUGGUCUCGGAGGAGUUGGAAGUCAUGCUGCAUCAAUGCUUUUGCGGUCGGGGGUUGGCAGGCUUCUCCUCGUGGACUUUGAUCAGGUAUCAGUCUCAUCACUUAAUCGACAUGCUGUUGCAACAAGAGCUGACGUUGGUAUCCCAAAAGCCCAGUGUCUAAAAGAUCAUUUCUUGUCUAUCUUCCCAGAGUGUCACAUAGAAGCAAAGGUCCUGUUAUACAAUGUAUCGUCUGAGGAAGAGAUUCUUUCCGGUCAUCCUGAUUUUGUUUUGGACUGCAUCGACAACAUUGAUACAAAGGUGGCUCUUCUUGCGGCAUGUGUACAUAGGGGUUUAAAGAUCCUAUCAGCCACAGGAGCUGGUGCUAGAGCUGACCCGACAAGAAUACGCAUCGCUGAUUUAAGACAGUCAACAAAUGACCCAUUAUCUCGAGCUGUGAGACACCGUUUAAAGAGAGAGUAUGGCAUUGAAGGUGGCAUACCUGUUGUCUUCUCAUUGGAGAAACCUAAGGCAAAGCUUCUUCCAUUCAAAGGACCAAGUGGAGAAGAAGAAAAUCCUUCAGAUUACCAGAUACUACCAGGGUUUAGGGUUCGCAUAAUACCUGUCCUUGGUACCAUUCCUGCAAUAUUUGGACAAGUCAUGGCCUCCUAUGUGUUAACACAACUUGCAGAAUUGCAAGUUCAACCGGAACCUGUGAUAAACUUGGACAUUGACCAUUACAGAAUGCUUCACCAACGCCUUAUUGAGCAUGAGGAAUCAUUGUAUGGCACUGCUAUGCAUGUCCAGGUAGAUGUUGAAGAAGUGAUGUAUGUUGCAAAAGAAUUAUGGCAUGGAAGAAGUGCUAGAGAGCCAUCGGCUAAAGAUGUAGGACGUAGCAUGUGGCGAUCGGUGAAUGAAUUAAUGCUUGUGAGGUGGGAUCGGGAAAAGCCAGCAUCUGUGUUCAAUUUAAUUCUCUUGAAAUUUAAAGAGGCAGAUGAACAUGAAUCCAGCAGUCUUGAAGAUAUAAAAGAAGGAGAACCAGAAUUUUUCGCUCGAGUCACAUCUAUUCUGAAGCGAGCCAAACUAGAAUUUGGCUUGUAAGAAACUAGGUAGUUGUUUUUACUUUUUUCUUUUCCCAGAGCUUCAUUUAGAGGGAUAGCGAAAUUCACCGUAUUCACCAUUUUGGAAUUUCUAUAGUUAUCAAGGAAGAAACAGUACUCUUAUAGUAUCAUGAGUCAUGACAUUAAACUCCUAUAUUCAUAACCUG